GCCGGGCGCGGCAGGGCGGGCGGUGGGGUUCCCCCUUCCGGCCGCCGGGAGCACGGGAGCCCCGGGCCGGCUCGGCUCCAGAGCUCGGCCAGCCCUGGGGUGAGGCGGAGCGGGGCCGUGCCGUGCCGUGCCGGGCCGUGCCGUGCCGAGCAGAGCCGCCCCGGGCCGGGCCGAGCUCCCCGCCGCCCCCGUGGGAAGUUGCGCUGCGCCCAGGGCGCACCGGGCGGCGGGGAGAUGCCGGUGCGCAGGGGCCAUGUGGCCCCCCAAAACACCUACCUGGACACCAUCAUCCGCAAAUUUGAAGGGCAAAACCGCAAGUUCCUCAUCGCCAACGCCCAGAUGGAGAACUGCGCCAUCAUCUACUGCAACGACGGCUUCUGCGAGAUGUUCGGCUACUCGCGGGUGGAGGUGAUGCAGCGGCCCUGCACCUGCGACUUCCUCACCGGCCCCGACACCACCAAGAGCUCCAUCGCGCAGCUCACGCAGGCGCUGCUCGGCUCCGAGGAGUGCAAGCUGGAGAUCCUCUACUACCGCAAAGACACCUCGUGUUUUCGGUGCCUGGUGGACGUGGUGCCGGUGAAGAACGAGGACGGCGUGGUCAUCAUGUUCAUCCUCAACUUCGAGGACCUGGCGCAGCUCAUCGCCAAGAGCGCCGGCCGGAGCCUGCACCAGCGGCUGUCGCAGAGCUGGCGCGCAGAGGCUUCCCACGUCAAACCCAACCCCCCGAACUCCACCUCGGACUCGGACCUGAUGAAGUACCGGACCAUCAGCCAGAUCCCCCAGUUCACGCUCAACUUCGUGGAGUUCAACCUGGAGAAGCACCGCUCGGGCUCCACCACCGAGAUCGAGAUCAUCGCGCCCCACAAGGUGAUGGAGCGCACGCAGAAUGUCACCGAGAAGGUCACGCAGGUGCUGUCCCUGGGGGCCGACGUCCUUCCUGAGUACAAGCUACAGGCACCGCGCAUCCACCGAUGGACCAUCCUGCACUACAGUCCCUUCAAGGCCGUGUGGGACUGGCUCAUCCUGCUGCUGGUCAUCUACACGGCCGUCUUCACCCCUUACUCAGCCGCCUUUCUGCUCAACGAGGAGCAGGUGGAGGAGAAGCACUGGAACUGCAGCUACUCCUGUGACCCGCUCAACAUCAUCGACCUCAUCGUGGACAUCAUGUUCAUCGUGGACAUUGUCAUCAACUUCCGCACCACCUACGUCAACAUCAACGACGAGGUGGUGAGCCACCCCGGCAAGAUCGCCAUCCACUAUUUCAAGGGCUGGUUCCUCAUCGACAUGGUGGCCGCCAUCCCCUUCGACCUGCUCAUCUUCCGCUCUGGCUCUGACGAGACCACCACCCUCAUCGGCCUCCUGAAGACCGCCCGGCUGCUGCGCCUGGUCCGCGUGGCCCGCAAGCUGGACCGCUACUCGGAGUACGGUGCGGCCGUGCUCUUCCUGCUCAUGUGCACCUUCGCCCUCAUCGCCCACUGGCUGGCCUGCAUCUGGUACGCCAUCGGCAACGUGGAGCGGCCCUACAUGGAGCACAAGAUCGGCUGGCUGGACAACCUGGGCGACCAAAUCGGCAAACGCUACAACGACAGCGACCUCUCCUCCGGCCCGUCCAUCAAGGAUAAAUACGUCACUGCCCUCUACUUCACCUUCAGCAGCCUCACCAGCGUGGGCUUCGGCAACGUCUCGCCCAACACCAACUCGGAGAAGAUCUUCUCCAUCUGCGUCAUGCUCAUCGGCUCUCUGAUGUACGCCAGCAUUUUCGGCAACGUCUCCGCCAUCAUCCAGCGGCUGUACUCGGGCACGGCCCGCUACCACACGCAGAUGCUGCGGGUGAAGGAGUUCAUCCGCUUCCACCAGAUCCCCAACCCCCUCCGCCAGCGCCUGGAGGAGUAUUUCCAGCACGCCUGGUCCUACACCAACGGCAUUGACAUGAACGCGGUGCUGAAGGGCUUCCCCGACUGCCUGCAGGCAGACAUCUGCCUCCACCUCAACCGCACGCUGCUGCAGAACUGCAAGGCUUUCCGAGGGGCCAGCAAAGGCUGCCUGCGAGCCCUGGCCAUGAAGUUCAAGACGACCCACGCGCCGCCCGGAGACACCCUGGUGCACUACGGGGACGUCCUCACCACGCUCUACUUCAUCUCCCGGGGCUCCAUUGAGAUCCUGAGGGAAGACAUUGUGGUGGCCAUCCUAGGGAAGAACGACAUCUUUGGGGAGCCCAUCAGCCUCUAUGCCCGCCCAGGGAAGUCGAAUGCCGACGUGAGGGCCCUGACCUACUGCGACUUGCACAAGAUCCAGCGGGAGGACCUGCUGGAGGUUUUGGACAUGUACCCGGCCUUCUCCGACAACUUCUGGAGCAACUUAGAAAUCACCUUCAACCUGCGAGAUGCAGACAGCGUUCCCCGCACACCGCUCAGCGAGGAGUACGACUGCACCUACCGGCGCGUGCGCCGACGCAAGCACUCCCUCUGCCAGCCCAACAAGCCCGACCCAGACGCAGGCACCUCUGAUGCCGAGCAGUAUCACACCUACUCAGAGCUCACCAACCCGCAGGACCCGCUGAGUAAGGACCAGUGGGAUGACCUGGGCAGCAGCACCACCCCCUGCUCCCAGACCAGCGACGACGAGGCCAAGCCCAGCAGCCCCACGAAAGCUGAGCCCUUCCCCGCGUCCAAAAAGGAUGAUUUUGCUCUGCCCACGCUCAGCCUCAUCACUGCCAACACCAGCAGCACGGAGGUCGGCAAGCAGGCGGCGGAGAGCAGCCAGUCCUACACAGCCACCCCCCUGGACAUCCCCAACAUGUUCACCUUCUGGGAAGACCGAAGGCCGAACCACCACCCGGAGCCCCUGCAGCACGUCUCCCUGAUGCACAGCUCACGGGACAUCCCCCUGCACAGCGACUACAGGCCAGGGCAGAUCGAGUCCAGGCUGGAGCUCCUGCAGGCCCAGCUCAGCAGGCUGGAGUCCAGGAUGUCGUCAGACAUUAAUAUAAUCCUCCAGCUCCUGCAGCGCCAGCUGUCCCAAGUGCCGCCCGCCUACAGCCCCAUCUCGCCGUCCUCGCACAACCUGGCCAUGUACGGCGUCGUCCCGCGGAGCCUGGAGCCGCUCGCCCCCUGCGCACCCCUGGAGGAUGAGGAGCAGACGGCCCUGGGGCAGAACCCGAGCUACACGGAGGUGGAAAAGUUCCACUUGAAAUCCAGGGACUCCUUGUCGAGCGGGAUGCACCUCACCGUGGCGUCCGAUGAAACCAUGACGGUCUACUCCGAACAGGAGCACCAUUCCCCACCUCUCCCCAACCCAGAGCCUCCCCACCAAAGGGCACCAAACACCCAGGGACUCUUGCGGGGCUCUCGGUUCCCUUCCCUCCCUGAGCACUUGGAGGCAUCUUCCGAGCACCAGGACAUUCAGAGACACCUCUCCGACCCAGUGCUUCCUGGAAGUUAGAGAUGUGGGGGCUGCGAAGCAAGUCAAGAGGAACCUCAACUGUGAGCUCGGUCAGUUGAUGUUGAUUUUGACUGCAGGGGUAAGACGGAGGACAAUGCCGUUGGCUCAGGGGUAUCAUUUGUAGCUGUCUUCUGCCACCGUGAAAGGAAGAGUAGAGUGGCUGGCUUCCAAGAUCAACGUUUUCCAGCGGUUUCCAUAGAGUAGAUUUCAUUUGCACAUUAUAGCGAACCCAGAGCAGUUCUUUCUUACAGCCACCAACAGGCUGGCUAGGCCAAACAGCACCCACCGCCUCUUCCUUGCCAAGGCUUCCUCUCGAGAGCAGCACAAAGCCGAGUGAGCCACAGCGACUGGAGGGGAGCAAAUCCGUGGCUCUCAGCUGCGAGGGCGCUUUGCUGUCAGCUCUUCGGAGCCGGGACCAUUGCGUUGGUACUGGGCUCAGCCCAGCGGAGCCUGUGGGCACCACAAAAUAAAGGGGAGUCAACCAGAGGAGGAGGAGAUCUCCACAGCGCGGUACUGGGGGGAGCUGCAGGUGGGAAGCCCAGGACAAGGACAGAGGACAGAAGCUAUCCCUGUCCUACCUGAUGGCCACCAAGACACUGAGAGCCAACAACCCCCGCCACUUCAGCACGCUUCAGCACGAGUCCUAGGGCACUGACUUCUCCAGCAAGGCCAACCGCGCCUUGCAAACCCCAACACGCAUCUCACCAAUCCCUGUAGGAACCCAGCUGGUCACCGGCCUGGCCAUAAAGCACAAAACUCAAAAGCACAAUCCCAGAAAGCCGAAAAGUCCCCGACACCUCAUCUCCAGCCCGUCCUCCCAGCUUCUCUCUUUUGAUAAAGGUUUGAUAGAUGCUUCCUCCUCCUCGGCCCUGUCCCUGGCAGACUCCCACAGCGUCCCCCGUAGGAGAAGCCCACUUAGCACUGCCGCCUCGCUGUUCGGUUAGAUGCUGUGACAGUCCUAGGCCGCCUGCUCAAGUAACGUAUUGAGCUCCCUUUGAGAGUAGUAAAACUGUGAGCGUCUCUUUCUCUGGAGUUUUAGUGUACACUUUGCUAAUAAAGAUGUUUUUGGCACCUAA